CAUGACACCUGCGGCCCCGCUCCCCCUGCUGCUGCUGCUGCUGCUCUGCCUGCUGAGCGGCCGCCGGCUGCGCGGGGAGCCCGGGCAAGGCGCGGGCACCUGGGCUCGCUUCGCCCGCCUGCCCUACCCGGAGGACGAGCUCUUCCUCUACGACACCUUCCCCGCGGGCUUCCUGUGGGGGGCGGGCAGCGCCGCGUACCAGGCCGAGGGGGGCUGGCGCCAGGACGGCAAAGGCGCCUCGGUGUGGGACACCUUCGCGCACCGGGCGGCGCCGGCCGGCGCCCCCCAGCCCCAGCCCCCGCCCCAGCCGCUGCCCGCGGCGCCCGCCGGCGGGGACGUGGCCAGCGACAGCUACAACAACCUGUUCCGCGACACGGAGGGGCUGCGGCGCCUGGGCGUCUCCCACUACCGCUUCUCGCUCUCCUGGGCGCGCCUGCUGCCCAACGGCACCGCGCCCCCCAGCGCCGCCGGCCUGGCGCACUACGGCCGCCUGCUGGCCCGCCUGCGGCAGCUGGGCGUGGAGCCCGUGGUGACCCUCUACCACUGGGACCUGCCGCAGCGCCUGCAGGACGCCUACGGGGGCUGGGCCAGCCCGGCCCUGGCCGAGCUGUUCCGGGACUACGCCGAGCUCUGCUUCAGGCACUUCGGCGGCCAGGUCCGCUACUGGCUCACCAUGGACAACCCCUACGUGGUGGCCUGGCACGGCUACGCCACCGGCAGGCUGCCCCCGGGCGUCAAGGGCGGCCCGCCGCUGGGCUACAGGGCGGCGCACAACCUCCUCCAGGCCCACGCCAAAGUCUGGCAUCUCUACAAUGAUCGUUUUCGUCCAUCUCAAGGAGGCCAAGUGUCCAUUGCCCUCAGCUCCCACUGGAUAAAACCUCAAACUAUGACUGAACAAGACAUACAAGAAUGUCAAAAAUCCCUUGACUUUGUGCUGGGCUGGUUUGCUAAACCCAUAUUUAUUGAUGGGGACUACCCUCAGGGCAUGAAGAGUAACCUCUCAUCUCUGCUGCCUGAAUUCAGUGAUGCAGAGAAGAAGUACAUCAAGGGAACAGCUGACUUUUUUGCUCUUUCUUUUGGAGCAACUCUGAGUUUCCAGCUCUUGGACUCUCAGAUGAAAUUCCAUCAGUUGGAAUCACUAAGCCUGAGGCAGCUCCUUUAUUGGAUAAGCUGUGAAUAUAACAAGCCCAAAAUAUUCAUUGUGGAGAACAGCUGGUUUGUCUCUGGUAGCACCAAGCGUGAUGAUGCCAAGUAUAUUUAUUAUCUCAAGAAGUUCAUUAUGGAAACUUUAAAAGCCAUCAGAUAUGAUGAAGUUGAUGUCUUUGGGUACACCGUUUGGUCCCUCAUGGAUGGCUUUGAAUGGCAUAGAGGAUACAGCAUUAGACGUGGAUUAUUUUAUGUUGAUUUUCAAAGCCAUGACAAGAAGUUUUUGCCAAAGUCUUCAGCUUUGUUCUACCAAAAGCUAAUAGAGAGAAAUGGUUUCCCGCCUUUGCCUGAGAAUCAACCCAUAGAUGGGAAGUUUCCCUGCGACUUUGCUUGGGGAAUUGUUGAUAACUACAUUCAGGUAGACACAACCCCCACCCAAUUCCUUGACACUAAUGUAUACGUGUGGGAUGUUCACCACACUAAGAAGCUUAUUAAAGUUGAUGGAGUUGCUACCCCAAAACGUAAGCGUCAUUGUGUUGACUUUGCUGCCAUCAGGCUCCAGAUCUCGCUGCUGCAGGAAAUGCAUGUCACACAUUUUCAUUUUUCACUGAAAUGGUCUUUGAUUCUCCCUUUGGGUAACCUGUCUCAAAUCAACCACACAUUCCUGCACUAUUAUCAGUGUUUUGUUAGUGAACUUCUCAGAGUUAAUAUAACUCCUGUUGUAGCUUUAUGGCAACCUAUGGCUGAGAACCAAGGGCUUCCUGUUGUGCUAGCCAAAUAUGGAGCCUGGGAGAACCCAGAGACUGUUCAAGCCUUUGUUGAGUAUGCCAAGCUCUGCUUCAAAAGUCUUGGCCACCAUGUCAAAUUUUGGAUUACAAUGAAUGAACCCUAUGUGAGGAACCUGACAUACUCUGCAGGGCAUAAUCUGUUGAAAGCCCAUGCUAAAGCCUGGCACCUGUAUGACAAAGAAUUUAGAAGAUCUCAGAAAGGUAAAAUAUCUAUAGCUCUGCAAGCUGAUUGGGUAGAGCCAGCCUGUCCUUUUUCCAAAAAUGACCAAGAAGUUGCUGAUAGAGUUCUAGAAUUUGACAUUGGCUGGCUUGCUGAGCCCAUCUUUGGGAACGGUGACUAUCCACAUGUGAUGAGAGAAUGGCUUCACCAAAGAAACAGCAUUGAUUUAUACAAUUUCCACUUGCCUUAUUUCUCUGAAGAAGAAAAGAAAUUAAUCCAAGGCUCAUUUGAUUUUUUAGCCUUAAGUCAUUACACUACUAUUCUUGUGGACUGGGAAAAAGAAGAUGCACUGAAGUAUGAUCACUAUCUUCAAGUUCAAAUGAUAAAAGACAUCACAUGGCUGAACUCCCCAAGCAGAGCCGCAGUGGUGCCCUGGGGACUGCGCAAAAUGCUCAAGUGGGUUAAAUCCAAGUAUGGGGAUGUCCCUGUUUAUAUUACAGCCAAUGGAAUUGAUGAUGAUCAGAAUAUGGUUCAAGAUAAACUGAGAGUAUAUUACAUACAAAAUUAUAUCAAUGAAGCUUUAAAAGCAUACACCUUGGAUAAUGUCAACCUACGGGGAUAUUUUGUCUAUUCUUUUAAUGACAGGACUGCUCCCAAAUACGGCCUCUAUCGUUACAUUGCUAAUCAGUAUGAGCCGAAGCCUUCCAUGAAACAUUACAGAGAAAUAAUUGACAAUAAUGGUUUUCCCAGUUCAGAAACUCCUGAUAGACUGUGCCCAGAAAUGCUUGUCUUGUGCCCUGAAUGCAACCUUUUCCAAACCAGAAAAUCUUUAUUAGCUUUUAUAUCUUUUAUAUUUUUUGCUUUUAUUGUUACUGUAUUCUUCAUUAUUUACUACUCUAGGAGGGUUGAAAGAAGGUAUAAAUAGUGCUGCCCCUUCGCAUCCAGCACUCGCUACUCCUUCAUCUGCAUUCCCUUGAGAAUUCUGAAAUAACGGCACACAAGGUUGCAAUCACUUCAAUACUAGGGAACCAGUUGCACUUUAUAGUACUGUGAAGCACUGAAGUUGAAAAUGGAUUGUGAACAUAGGGCCCUGAAAUCCUUCUCUGUGUUUUAGUACUUCUGGUUUAUGACAGAUUCUUGAUUGUUGUCAUCAAAUUUAUCUCAGAACUUUGAUUGAGGCCCUUUAUUUGGGCAGGUUUUUUUCCACUCAGGUAAAGGUAUUUUUUAAAAAGGCCUGCAAUUAGCCUGAUGGUGGAGACACAAACAAAGGUAUUAACUUAGAUGUAAAUUGGGUUUGGUUUUACUUUAAGACAUAUUGUAGUGGAAAAAUACAGAUGUAGAGUUCUCAGGGUGAAAGAUUGAUGAGAAACAAAAGAAACCAUCUCCCCAAACCAGGUGUUAUGGCACCUGAUACCAAACAAACACAUGAUUUAAAUUAUCAGGAAAGCAGAGACUCAACAACUAUAUGUACCACAAGGGAAAGGAGAGUCUUCUUGCUACAGCCGAGGACAGGGAGUGAAGAGAUGGGGAACUUUUUCCCUGCUGUGCUGGUGACUUUGGGUAAAUCACUUAACUGCAAAGCAGGCUGCUGGUCCCACACUCCCUACCUGCUCUGUCUCUAUUGGUGCUGUCACCCUGCCAGUCUACUGUCCUGGCUCCAGGCUGUGGAGCCGACCCAGCUCCGCCUUGCUGUGUCUAACCUGACAAAUCCAUCGGGAAACAGCAGCAAGGGGAAUUGACUCAUGUUUGGAGGGCAGUAAAGGUGGUUGCUGGCAAGGGGGCAGGCAGUGUUUAAUUUAUGCCAGGGCUUGCCAGGGCUGAGCCCCAGCACCUCCAGGCUUGGUAGUUCAUAGCCCUGGCACCUCUGGGCUUGCUGCAUCAGUUAUAAAAAUAAAAAAAUUGCUUGAACCCUGGCACCUAAUUGCUUGAGCCCCAGCACCUCUUUCAUUACAAGUUAAACACUGAGGGUAGGUUCCAUGCCUUGGAGAUGAGGGAGAGUUAAAGAGGAUUAAAGGGUCUUAUUUUGUUUGGUGAGGGGGGAGAGUAGUAACUGAAGGAUCUGGGGUGCUCCCAGUUGACAAAUGGGAGAACUGCACUGACCUUUGCUGUGCUUGAAAGCAGGAAAGUGUAUGUCUUAUGAGGGUGCAGGGGGCAAAUGCAGCAUGGUCCCAUACCACCACCUAGUAACCAGAACCUUUUCCUCCUACUUGUGCACCUUCCCCCAACAAUUUGUUUGAGUUUGAAUUAUGUUGGGUCUAGAGGCUUUAAGCCAGGGGUCCCCAACACGGUGCCUGCGGGUGCCAUGGCACCCGCCGAGGGCAUCUAAAUGCACCUGUGUACUGGCCAGCAGACGAGCAUCCGCCGAAAUGCAGCCGACAAGCAGCGUCAUCCAGAUUUUUGGCAGCAUUUCGGCAGCGAUGCCUAUCGCUGUUGCCACUUGUUGGCGGGUGCUCGUCUGCCGCCACGGUCAUCCGUGGAGACGAAAAAGGUUGGGGACCACUGCUUUAAGCAUUUAAAUUUCACACCUCUAGCCUGGUAACCUGCUGCCUUGUUUGCCAAAGAUUUAAGUCUUGCACCCCUUGCUUCUGAAGCUCACUUAUUUAUUCUCUAAGAGCUUGACCCAACUUCCAUUGGAGUCUUUUCCAUGGGUUGUAAUGGGAAUUGGAUCAGGCCUGGAUAACAUUCAGAUCCAGAAAUCCCAUUGAAUGUCUGAGCGACUUUCUCUUCUCUCUCAGUGGAAUAAAUUAGCAAAAAGAAGCAACACUGUUUAUUAAUAGAAUCAUAGAAAUUAGAGACAGGCAAAAUUACCUUUGGGCUUUUCCAAUCUGACUUACGAAUCAGUAUAUUAGGAGCCCACUCUGCAUAAUGCAGAACAGUGAUUGUUUUCUCUAUCUCCGUGCUUUCAUUGUCUUCAGAUGCAUUUAUGCUUCUAUUUCCAUAUUGCCACGUGAGUUAUGUUCAUCACUGGAGAGGAUUUUUUAAUCUAAUAUGCUCUGUGUCAAUUAUAAGUAGUUUAUCUAGCAGAAGCUGAUGUUGCUGUAUUGAAUGUGAAUGUUUAUCUACUGUAAAUUGAAAUUUAUAUGUGAAAUAUGCCUACUUUCAUUUACAAACUAGAUUACAUUUCUUUCCUAUUUAGGUUAUGUAGAGAAAUAGAAAAUAAUUAUUAUUCAGUCAUAGUGAUUAAUAUGUUUGUAUUUUAGUUUCAGACUUACAAGAGUCUCCAUUUGCACUUUUAUAUAUAUAUAUAUAUAUAUAUUAUAUAUAUAUAUAUAUAUAUAUAUAUAUUAUAUAUAUAUAUAUAUUAUAUAUAUUGCUAUGAGGAUUCAGGUGACAAAUUCUGGGUAGGUGAUAAAAUAUAGAAAAUGUAUAUUAGCCUGGGAAGGUUUGCUGAAGGAGAAUAUAUUUUCAAACUUUACUGUGUGUUGUUUCUACGUUUACCUGCUGCCAUACGGUGCUGCAUGGACUGUAAUACAAAAAGAUGGUUCUUGAUGACUACAUGAAGAGCUAUAUAGAUUUCAUUGUAAAGAGUCACCUAUUUAUAUAUUUAAUGUAUAGCUUACCUCAUGGUGUCAGGUGGAAAACUCAACUGAUGGUGAAAAGGACACUAUUUAAUGUCUACAUGGCCAAAUAUAUCUAUGUGCUAGUUUUCCUUGCUAUAACUAGGCUAGAAUAAUAAAUACUGGGCCUGAUUUUUAGAGUAGGUGAGCAUGUGCAGCUCUCACUGACUGCAUUGUGUGUGUGCAUAUGCUGAGCACCUCUGAAAAUCCUAACCUAAACCAAGUAUUUUAUAUUCCUACUCUCUUCCCCAUUGGUUGGCUAUUUAAAAUGUGUAUUUAACAUGCGGCUAGUUCACUACCUUGGUAUGAUGAAUGCAUUACUAUCUUGAGCUAGUCAUUUGUAAAGCCACAUUUUGAAAUGUUGGGCGCAGUGAGAGGCCCGAAGCGAGAAUGCCUGAAACCUGCAUUCCCAUCGAGGGGGACAUAAAUAGAGCAGCAAAAAGAUGGCAGGGGACAUGUCUGUUCCAUUUAUCUACAUCAGUGAUUGCACCAAUCACUUGUAAUAAACAACAACUUGUAAUAAAACCUGCGCCAUAGAAAAAACAACAACCUAAUUCCUAAACUGCAUUUAUACAGAGCAAGACACUUAGGAUGGACCAGUUGUAGUAAGAAUGUAUAAAGGCUUCUCACAAGUAGUAAUAGGAUAAAUGUGUUUGGUGUGGACUGGACUAAGUAUAGGAUUGUUUAGAGUUCCAUGGUUAGGUUGGCGUGUGAUCAGCCAGACGAUCAUGCUGUGCCAUUUUAAAAAUCACCACAGUGAAAAUUUCCACCUCUGAAAUCAGUAGAGGCCGAGCACCAUUAAACAAAUUAGCUGAUUAAGUAUCUGCAACCAUUGCAGGUUCUUCCAAUACUUAGAUUAGGUGAUACUGUAGUCAGUGAGUGGCAAAUGUUGAGUUUUCAAAUGGUGCUUACUGACUAUCUAGUGUAAGUAAAUCAGGGAUUCAUUUCAGUGACUUAAGAGAAACAUUAUCCCAUACAAUAAUGCUGCCGGCACCUGUAGAAAUAAUACAGCCUUUUGUGCUCUUACUUUCAAAACUGACUUUAAAUACCACUGAAGAACACUGACCUCAUGGAUUCAAUAUAAAUAUAUGCAGAAAUAUUUCCCACAAUAUCCUAUCUACUUUAGUACCAUAUGCAGGCUGUUUUAAAACUGAGCAAUCUCUUUUUAAUUAAUACAGGAGUGACCAAAGGAAAGUUUUUGGCCAAAUAACACCUUAGUGCUUAUAAAGUGCUUUACCUUUUCAGAACACUGUAUAACUCUGAGUGAAUUAAUUCCGCACCUUUAACAUGGCCCAAGCAAACUACAGGUUGAGCACAUGCCAGGGUAUAGACUCAGCAGUCUCCUUCAUUUUAUGGCCAUUAGGAGCAGAUCUCAGACUCCUUGAAAAUUGCCAAAAUGGCCCUUCAAUGGUCCAAGAUUGGACACCGUUCCCCUAAGGCUUGCGUAACAUUUGCACUAUGCUCCUGCAGAGUGAUUCAGCUCCUCCUCAGUAAUCAGGGUGUGGUACAGAUGGCAUUUUUUCGCGUUCGAUAUUUAUUUGUAAAUGGUGAUUUAACACUCUUCUGUGAAGAGAGCAUCGAUAGUAGCUUUUGCCAUGACUCGACAGCAAUGAGAUUUUAAUUUUUAAACAACAGAACACUAUUAUAAAAAUACUGUGAGAUCUAAACAUAGCAUAAUACUUUAGUUUUGAAAAUUAACAAGCCUUUGCAUCUGUUAAUAGGUGUUAAUAGGCUGUGUGAAAUGCAUAUGCUCAUGUUGUUUUUAACUGUGCUAAUAGAAUGUACAUUAUUGCCAAUUUACUGAAAGUUACAGCUCUAACACUGUUGUAAAAUAUGAAAUUAUAUUUUGAUUCAAAAUAUUUUUGUGAUACAGGUGGAAAUCUGCUGUUUUUAUGUCCCGGGGCAGGCUGUAAAGAAUGAAUGCUAAUAGAAAGUAUUUGCAAAAUGUAUGCAGUAUAUGUUGUAUUUA